UACAAACGUUGUCGCUCGCGUCUCCCGUCGCCAUCAGCACAACGUUUUCUGCAUGUUUUUAGUGAUUAUUUCGAAUUAUUCCAGUAAAACUAGCAGUUUUUAAGAAGAAAUGGCACGAAACGCGGAAAAGGCCAUGACCACGCUGGCCCGGUGGCGUGCCGCGAAGGAGGCGGAAACGGGCAAGAACGAAAGGCGGCCGUAUCUCGCUUCGGAGUGCAAAGAUUUGCAAAAGUGCGAAAAGUGGCGGCUGGAAAUCAUCCGGGAGAUUUCCAAGAAGGUGGCCCAGAUUCAGAACGCCGGUUUGGGGGAGUUUCGGAUUCGGGACUUGAACGACGAGAUUAACAAGUUGCUGCGCGAGAAGCGCCACUGGGAGAAUCAGAUUUCGGACUUGGGAGGGCCACACUACCGGCGGUAUGGGCCGAAGAUGUUCGACGCCGAGGGGCGGGAAGUUCCGGGCAAUCGUGGGUACAAGUACUUUGGUGCGGCGAAGGAUUUGCCGGGGGUGCGGGAGCUGUUCGAGCAGGAACCGCCGCCACCGCCGAAGAAGACGCGGGCGGAGCUGAUGAAGGACAUUGACGCGGAUUAUUACGGAUAUCGGGACGAUGACGAUGGGAUUUUGCUUCCGCUGGAGGAGAAGGCCGAGCGGCAGGCGAUUCAGCGGGCGGUGGAGGAGUGGAAGCAGCAGCGCGCGGGUGGGGAGGCAGGGAAGGAGGUCGAGCCGGACGAGGAGGACAUUUACGGUUCGGACGCGAAGAUCGCGUCGGAUGAUCUGGCGAAGCAGAGCGAACAGCAGAAGGACGAUCCGAUGGGACUGCUCGGGCCGAGAUUUACCGCGCACGUGCCCGUUCCGAGCCAGAAGGACAUCGAGGCGGCGUUGCUGCGUAAGCGGAAGCUGGAACUGAUGAAAAAGUACGGCAUCGAGGACGACGAGGACAUGUAGGGUAAAUAAAACAAGUUAUUUUUUUAAAGCUAA